GAAGCCCAGGCCACUUCUGUGGAGAAGGCCACAGCCAGCGCCACGCGCAGAGCCAACGCCACCAGGUCCGCCUCUGCCACUGUCAACGAAGGUGUUGAUGUGCAGCUGUCUCAGACCGGCACAGGCGAAGGUGAUGCCGAAGUGUCCAAGACCGCCAGUGCCACUGCGGAAGACACGGAGACGGUGACGAAGACCAUGAAGGUUGGUUCUGAAGGUGUGGGCAAGUUGAAGAAGUUUUUCGAGGCCUCAGCCACUGCCCAGUCUUGGGUUGCAUCAAAGGCUUGCAUUUCAGCUCGCAAGGCACGAAGCUUGUUGGAUUCGACUGCCAUGCAGCUGCAUGGAAUUCCCUUCGCACUGGCUGUCUACAACAAGGCCCACGCCGUAGCCUUCGAGAAGGCCAAGGGCAAGGCUGCUGAGAUGGCCCUCAACACUGCCCAGGGGGCAGCAAAGAGACAGGUGGAGAGAGAGCUGAUAGCCCAGAUCCAAAGCUAUGCCAAGGAGCAUUCAGCGGAGCUGAAGGACUUGGCCAUGGAGGAUGCUGUUAAAAGCACCUUGGGUCAAAAGAAACAGCUGGAGGCUGCUGCGAUGGCUGAAGCAUUUCAGCUGGCCAGCGAGAAGGUUCACAAGCAAGCGCCCUUGAAAGCCACUGCGGAGGCCAAAGAGGAGGCAAUUAAGGCUGCCAAAGAGGAGGCGACACGCUUGGCCACAUUGGAGGCCAGGAAGGAUGCCAGCAAGUCGCUGGAAAAGAAAGUGCUUCAGAAGGCCAUGGAGGAUGCCAAGGCCAAAGCUGAGCUGAGCGCAGAGGCCAAGGCCCAAGCCCUUGCCAAGGCCGAAGCUGAGAAAAUCGCCAAGGCAGAGAUUUGGGCACGACUUGGUGAGGAAUGGUGCACAAAAAUGCUCCAACUUGGCGAAAGUUGGAUGAAAGUUCAGUCCCAACAUGUCCCAACUUUUGGGCAGUUGAUGCUUGAUGAUGCUUGA